CACCACCUUCUCCAUUUUGGCGAUAGUUGCGUCGUGACGUCAGUCCAACCGAGGUUUGAGAGUGCGUACAACGUCAACCGGUUCAAAGAGGAAGGAAGAUGGCGGAUAACAAAGGCGAAGGGGAUACGGAGAACUGCACUGCUAUGGAUAUAGUGGUACAGGGGGAAGACAGUGGAAUCCCCACAGCUAAAGAUACCGAUGGCGUGAUUGUUAUAGAACCUAUAUCAAAUGAAGAGGUGGACGGGCAAUCCCAAGAUAAUGUAUCUCAGGUGCCGACACCCACUGGUGGAGGCAGCGACGGGAGUAACGUUAACGUUAGCAGCGACGCAGGAGGUGGAGGAGAAGGCAGCAGCCGGACUAGUCCAAAUGGCAACUCCAAUUCUGUGUCCACGGUGCCACCAGCUUCUGGUGAUAACACCGUCAACUCGCCCGCAGUUUCAGCCGAAACGUCGCCCUCUCCAUCAGCUAACGUUACAGCCGCAGCCACCCCUGCAGCCCCGUUAAACCUACUGGAUACGUGCGCUGUGUGUAAACAAAGUCUACAGAAUCGAGACUGUGAACCCAAACUCUUACCAUGUCUGCAUUCAUUUUGUUUAAAAUGCAUUCCUCAACCCGAGAGACAAAUUACAGUUCAAGUCCCCGGACCACAUGGACAGGACACACAUAUUGUGAAUGUGAUGCGAUGUGCAGUGUGCCACCAGGACUACAAACAGACAGACAUCGUUGACAACUACUUUGUCAAGGAUACCUCUGAGGCCUCGAACACUUCGGUUGAAAACUCGGGGCAGGUGUGCACGAGUUGUGAGGACGAUGCAACUGCGUUGGGCUUCUGCGUAGAAUGUGGAGAGUGGCUGUGCAAGACCUGCAUCGAAGCGCACCAGAGGGUCAAGUUCACCAAGGACCACAAGAUACGCAAAAAAGAAGACCUGUCCCCUGAGGCAGUGGGGGCGUCGGGGCAGCGACCUGUCUUCUGUCCCGUACACAAGCAGGAGGCCCUGAAGCUCUUCUGUGAGACGUGUGACACACUAACCUGCCGAGACUGUCAGCUACUAGAACACAAAGAGCACAGGUACCAGUUCUUAGAUGAGGCUUUUCAGAACCAGAAGGGCAUCAUUGAGACCUUUAUGGCUAAACUCCAGGAGAAGAGGAGCUAUGUCCAUUUUUCAGCCACUCAGGUGCAAAGCAGACUUAAAGAGGUUACCGAAACGCACAAGAAGGUGGAACAUGAGAUCAAGAUUGCUGUGUUCACACUCAUCAAUGAGAUUAACAAGAAGGGAAAAUCACUUCUCCAGCAGCUGGAGAGUGUGACGAAGGAGCGCAGUGUGCGUCUGCUCAGCCAGCAGAAGGACAUCAACAGUCUGGGCCAGCAGAUCCUGCACGUGCUCAACUUCACCCACUGGGCGCUCACCAACGGCAGCAGCACCGCGCUGCUCUACAGCAAGAGGCUGAUCACCUACCAGUUGCGGUACAUUCUGAAGGCCCGUCUCGACCCAGCGCCUCAUGCCAACGGCGCCGUGCGUUUCUUCUGUGACCCCACCUUCUGGGCCAAGAACGUGGUCAACCUUGGUAACCUGGUGAUCGAGAAGGUCCCUCCGUCCGCUCACCCACCCAACAUGAUGACCCAGAUGCCCCCGGGUCACAACCACCACGGGAAGCACCCGGGCCAGAUCAACCUGGCCCAGCUGAGGCUGCAGCACAUGCAGCAGGCGGCUGUCCUGGCCCAGAAGCAGCAGCAUCACCAGCAGCAUCACCACCAGCACCACCAACACCAACAGCAACAACACCAACAACAACAACAACAACACCAACAACAACAGCAGCAGCAUCAGCAGCUACAGCAGCAGCACCAGCAGCAGAUACAGCAGCAGAUGCGCAUAGCCUCGCAGAUGUCCCAGAUGCCCAGGCAAGCAGGGCCUGGGCUGGUCCAGCAGCAGCCCCCCAGGCUCAUCAGCAUGCAGCAGAGGGGGGACGUGAACGGCGGCCCACAACACAUGUACCCACCCCAUGCCCUGCGGAUGCCCCCUGGUCAGGUGCGCACGUCCAGUGCUCAGCCUCGCCUCAGCGGGCAGCAGUACCCCAUGAUGCAGCCUCAGCUCCAGAGACAGCAUUCCAACCCAGGGCAUGCUGGUCCAUUUCCUGUGGCGUCGCUGCACAACGUGAGCGCUACCAGCCCUACCAGCCCCACGAGCGCCAGCAUGGCCAAUGCCCACGCAUAUCGCGGACCCGCCAGCCCCAUCAUUGGCGCCAUCGAGCUCAUACCCUCCGUUACCAACCCUGAGAAUCUGCCGUGCCUGCCCGACAUCCCGCCCAUACAGCUGGAGGAUGCGGGCUCCGUUAUGCUAGACAACAUCCUGAGCCGUUACAUCUCAGCCAGCCAACACCAGAGUCUGAACCCCUUCAACAUGAACAUCACCACCUCACCCGCGCCCUCCAUACACUCCCCCGGCUCCUCAGGGUUAUCUAACUCCCAUGCUCCGGUUCGUCCCUCGAGCACCUCCAGCACAGGAAGUCGGGGCAGCUCUGGCUCUGCUGGCAGGUUGGGUCCUGCAGCUCCCCCUGCUGGUGAGCUGGUGAAGGUGAAGCAGGAGCCGGGCGUGGAGGAAGAGAGCCCCUACUCCGUAGCCAGCGUCAAGAGCGAGCUCGGCAAGGACGGCCGACGCAGUGCCUGCAUGAUGAGCAGCCCAGAGAGCAGCAAUGCCACACCCCCUCUGCCCGUCCUCGGUAACGUGUCGUCAGGUUCCGUUCAGGACAUCCUCAAGUCGCUCGGCGGCAUCGUCAAGACGGAACCCCAGGACAACACCAGCGGCUGCAGCCAAUCCAACAGGAGCGCCACCACCUCUUCUACCUCCUCCUUAUCGUCAUCUCAAACUCCCACAGGACCACCUCCCCCUCCGCCUCCCCCUCCCCCGCCCCCUCCCGCACCUCUGACCAAUGGCAACGCAUCUAAUCCAGCAGCAGCGGGCUCAGUGACGGAGCCGCAGGCCAAUGGCGGAGCGAGCAGUCAGAGCGCGGGCGGGGCCGUGGAUGGGAAUAAAGAAGACGAUCCGAAUGAGGACUGGUGUGCCGUGUGUCAGAACGGGGGAGAGUUGCUCUGCUGCGACCGCUGUCCCAAAGUCUUCCACAUCACCUGUCACAUCCCCACACUACGCUGCUCACCAAGUGGUGAGUGGAUGUGCACCUUCUGCCGGAGCCUGAGUAGCCCCGAGAUCGAGUACAACUGUGACGACGACGCUCCCAAGAAGGACCAGAGCGAGCCGGUCCUGAGUCCCGAGGACCAGCGGAGGUGCCAGCGGCUGCUGCUGUAUGUGUUCUGCCAUGAGCUGAGCGUGGAGUUCCAUGAACCCGUGUCCUCAACGGUCCCCAACUACUAUAAGAUCAUUAAGCAGCCAAUGGCCCUGAACACGGUGAAGCAGAAGCUGCAGCUGAAGCACCCGGAGCACUACCACAGCCCCGGCGAGUUUGUGGCCGACGUGCGCCUGGUCUUCAGCAACUGUGCCAAAUACAACGAGAUGUCUCGCAUAAUCCAGGUUUAUGAGGAGGAACAGAUUAAUGUGCAGGCGGACUCGGAAGUGGCAGAGGCUGGGAAGGCAGUGAGUCUGUACUUUGAGGAAAGGCUGGUGCAGCUCUACCCUGACCAGAAUUUCCCCGUUGCCCCCGACGACAAGCCCUCAAUGGACAAGGAGAAGGAGGAGAAGGAGAAGGAAACGGAGAAGGAAAAAGAGAUGGAGAAAGAGAAAGAGAAGGAGAAGGAGAAGGAGAACGAAAUGGAAAUGGAAAUGGAGAUGGAGAAGGAGAAGGAAAAGGAGAAAGAGAAAGAGGAAGAGGAAGUAGGAGCGGACAAGGAGGCCUCCGACGACUCAGAUGAUGACAUACAGCCAAAACGCAAGCGCUUAAAAGCAGAGGACAAGACACUGCAUAUAAAAUGAGAGCGAGAGCGAGGCAAGAAAGUGACUGAGCCCCAAGUGAGGAAAAGAUGGCAACUCGGAAAGGCUUCACGUGAAAGUGAAGAGCGGAUCGGUCUUCCUUUUCUUUUCAUCACCCCCACUCAUUCUCUUACUCAGACUCUAGGUCAUAUGCUGGACCUGCUGGCAUAUAUCAAGUUCCAGUGCUACUUCUUAUUCUCCCACUAUGAAAAAUGCCUUGUUAUAAAAAGAAUAAAACUUUACGAAGUCAAGAGUGUACACAGAGCAGCGAAGAAACUUUUAUAGUUGGCAUACCCAGAUGACACUGAUGGCUGUUGACGAAGGAAGUUCUUACACAGUUUUUGAACUGUUACAGCGGGUUUAACAAAUGAGUCUUUUUUUAAUUAUUAUUAUUAUUAUUAUUAUUACUACUAUCAUUUAUGAUGCUGUUUGUAAAUCUGUUGUGAACAAUGCUUUAUAAAAGACCAUACCCUCUCAUCCCCCAAUAUGUUGAUGUAUUAUAAUGUUUAACAAUGAAUUACCUACUGGGUAUUUGUAUGUGUGUGUGUGAGAGAGAGAGUGUGUGCGUGUUUGUGUGUUCGUUUGCGUGUUUGUUUGAACGGUUUCAUUGUUGUAAAUAACAGAAACCAUACAGAAACAUGACUGAAGACUGGUUGUUUGGUCAUUAACUUCAAUAAAAAGGUUUAAAUGCAAUGUUCCCUGUAAA